GGGUACAACACUAACCUCACGACCACAGCGGCUGUCAAGCUACACCAGUUCACAUCGGGGCAGCGCGAGGCGGAUCGACUGCUGGUGCGUCUGCAUGCGUUCUUGUACAUUCCCCUGCUCUCUAAGGUCCCCACUGCAGCUGCUAUUACGGGCGUGUUCAGCCUGGUGAAGCGCAUGCAGGAGGGGUCUAUGUACAGAGAUGGCACAGGUGCAAGCAGAAGCGCGAUGCAGACGGCCCGGCCAC